AUGUGUUUAGAUUGGGAAUUGCGUAAGAUACCUUUUGAAUGGGAAGAUCAACAUUUAAAAUGGAAACCAGAAGACUAUAAUAACAUUCAAACGUUAACAUUAGCAAAUUAUGAAAUUUGGCAACCAGACAUAAUUGUAUACGAAAAUAUUCCUAUGACAGAAGUAGAUACUAAGAAGGAUACUUAUGUAAUUGUAUCAAAAAAUGGACUCGUCACUUGGGUACCACCCAUUAUCGUGUACAGUCAUUGUAUUUUGAAUUUUGAAAAUUAUCCGUUCGACAAACAAUAUUGCCGAAUUACUUUUGGGUCGUGGAAUCACGAUGGAACAAUAAUUGAUUUACAGACCGAUAAAGAAGCGGAUGUCACCAGAAGAUUGUUAAACAGAAAUUUUAAAUGGAAAGAAUGGGAAGAUCAACAUUUAAAAUGGAAACCAGAAGACUAUAAUAACAUUCAAACGUUAACAUUAGCAAAUUAUGAAAUUUGGCAACCAGACAUAAUUGUAUACGAAAAGUAA